CUACUAGUGUUGCUUGACAGCCGUGCCGCGCGGAGGUGCCGCGUUCCAGCCAGGGCCACCACGAGGUGUGACGGACGAGGCUCAGCUGGCGUGCUAACUAGACAUGAUUUUAGUCGUUGAACGCUGAGCUCUACUGUUAACCGCUGGGUUUCCAUGGACUGCUAAUCUAAAUAUAAACAGAGAGGGAGCUGUGCAGCGCAGUGAGGCCGCCUGUGCCCCGCAUCCCCUCACACAGACGGACAUUCUAAGUAGUAAAUAAAAUACUGGCAACACAAGCUGGCGAGCGACAGGAAACCAGCGACGAUAACCGGUCAGUGUUAUCUCCACGUCGGAGACCCAACACUGCCCGCAGCACGACGGUGCCACCGCACAGCAGGCCAGGCGGGGGGCGGGCGGCGUGAGGUGCGGCCGCGGGGGCUGACGAGUGACGGGCAGGGAGUGGUGGAGGUGAGCAAGACUGGAGGGCUUCACGUCAUUCCUCCGCGGCACUCGUCGAGUCUCGCCCGCACGGCUAUGGUGGACGCCGCGCCGCUUACCCUCUGGGCCCUGCUGAUCGACGCUGACGCGGGCACUGACUUCCCAAGCGAGGGCGAGGGGGCGGCCAGCGGCGGCAGGAAGAAGCGGCUGCUGAAUGUGAAGAUGUGGCCGCACUGGACGGCGCGGGAGGUUCAAGCGGCACUGCUGCAGGCGGCGGGUCUGGGCCACGCUAAGGGGCAUCAUACCCACUGCUACGUGAGGCUACGAGACUCCCGCGGCGCCCUUCUGCCCCUCACGCCCGUCACUCUCAGAUCCUCGCCCACACGCCCGCUGCACCUGGAGAUCAGCAGCUCGAACCGAGGCGCCGACCUGCCUCUGCUGCCCAAGGCCUUCAGGGAGACCGUGCUGGCCAUCAGACACCGACUCGAGGCCCGGGUGGCGGCGGUGGAGGCGGGGCUGUUGGGGCUGGAGGGCCGCCGCGCCGCCGUGCUGGAUGAGGAACUGCGGCGUAUUCAGGACACCCUCAACUACAUGUCCCGGCGGCUGGACCUCACUAACGCCCCCGCCUGGGUGGCCGGGGCGCAGACGUGAGGCCCCGCCUGUCCAAUGGCACGUCACUGCCUGUGAAUCUUCACACUUUUUCGCCAAGGCCAAACUUCUUCCCGGUGUGGCUUCUUCAGGGAGUGUGUGUGUGUUUGUUGGGCGCUUCAAGUGGCGGGUGUUGGCAAGCAUUCUCCUCUUCAGGGUGGGAUGGCCAGCGACUCCCUCCCGCGGCUGACGCUUCCCGGCGGCGCCUACUGCAGAGUACGGGCUUGACAGAGACACGUGACCUUUGGGAUCUCUUUUAUUAAGGCUGUGUACGAUUCUAUUAAUAAAGAUGGAUAUAUAUACAAA